AGGCAUCUUGAGAUCUACCUGGUCCCGAUCCGCCUAUUCCGAGAUCCUUUUCUGCGUGACCCGAACAAACUGGUUCUCUGUGAAGUGGUAGACAUUAACAAGUCGCCUGCAGCUUUUAAUCAGCGUUCCAAGUGUGUGGAGGUCAUGAGGCAGGCGGCAAGAUUCGAGCCCUGGUUCGGGAUGGAGCAGGAGUUCACGCUCAUCGAUUUAGACUCCAGGCCGUACGCAUGGCCCGGCAACGGGUUCAUACCAGCGCGAGUGUCCUGUGGUGUGGGUCUGAACAAAAUCUACGGCAGAGACGUCAGCAUCUGUCACCAUAAAGCCUGCUUGUACGCUGGAAUAAAGGUGUUUGGAACCAACGCUGAGGCUCUGCCCUCGCAGUGGGAGUUCCAGGUCGGCCCGUGCGAGGGGAUCGAGAUGGGAGAUCAUCUGUGGAUGUCCCGUUACAUUCUGCAUCGUGUGUGUGAAGACUUUGGGCUCGUCGCCUCUUUAGAUGUCGUACCGGUAAAGAGCAUCCACGUGACGUCAGGAUGCCACGUGAACUUCAGCACCAAAGAGAUGAGGAGUGAAGGAGGGCUCAGAUAUAUUGAAGAUGCCAUCGAGAAGUUGAGCAAGCGUCACCACCAACACCUCCAAGUGUACGACCCUCGCCAGGGCAGAGACAACAUGUCUCGUCUGAUCUCUCACCCCACCACCUCCAGCUUCACUCAGUUCUCCAGCGCCGUCGCCGAGCGGAACGUCAGUGUUCGUAUUCCGGGUCUGGUCAGUCGGAGAGGCUGCGGAUACUUGGAGGACCGACGACCAGCCUCCAACUGUGACCCCUACACUGUCACUGCGGCUCUCAUUGAAACGUGUCUGCUGGACAGCCUUGAGCAGGAAGAAGGACGGCGACUGGAGCGUGAAGAUCAGGCAAUUGUGGGUCAAUGA